GCAAAAUUGUCUCCAGGCAUGUCUGGGACUUUUGUAACAGCAAUGUCUUAUUGUGCUUGGGGUGAAUGAAUAAUUUCCGUGAAAGAACUUAGUUACUUCUUAAUCUCCCUUCAUGUGGGUUGUUAAGGGAACAACUGUUUUCAAUUUGUGAAUAUUUAUUUGAUAACUAGUAAGGGAGAAACUGCAAUGUAAUUCUACUUUGUUUGCCAGUUUGACAUGCGCCUUUCCCCUAAUUUGUCUGACUAAAAAAAAAUGUGUUUGUUGUUUAGUCACUUUCAAUUUAUUGCAGGUCCACGUUUGAAAAAAUGCAAUUGUCCUUUUUCCCUCAAUAAUUUAGCUGUUAAUAAUAGUAGUCCUGCAAUUAUCAGCUUUCAAUUCACUCUCAACCUGUUUUCGUUCUGCUUUGUAACUAAGAAAUCUAGUGAAGAAUUAAUCAAAUAUGGAAUUCUUCUCAUAUGGUUUGGUGGACAAGGUAACAGGUUGCUUGAUAAAGCCAGUUGCGCGAUGGAUCGGGUAUUUUGUUUACUACAAGAGAAACAUCACAUGUAUGGAAAAUGAAUCUGAGAAGCUGGAGAAUAUCAGAAUUGGGGUGGAUCAAAGAGCCGAGGCUAACCGGAGAAACUUACAAGUCAUUUCACCCAAUGUUGAGGCUUGGUUUACUAGUGUUGCUACCAUUACUGCUGAGGUGGCAGAUGUAACACGACGAGGUAGAAAUGAGGUUGAUAGAUAUGAUUGGUGUCCAAACUUGAAGUCACGUUACUCCCUGAGCAGGAGAGCUAAGAGAAUUGCAUUGGAGUUGAUUGAACUUCGAAAUGAAGGCAACAAUUAUGCUGUUUUCUGCUAUCCUGCUGUUGAAAAUGAACCUCUACCUAUCAACAGCGCUGAGGAGUUUGAUUCUAGAAAAUUGCAAGAGGAUGAGGUCAUGGCAGCUUUGAACGAUGACGGGGUCACAACUAUUGGGAUAUGCGGUCUGGGUGGUGUUGGUAAGACGACACUGGCUGAAAAAAUCAGACGAAAGGCGAAACAAGAAAAGUUGUUCAAUGAUGUUGUUAUGGUAAUUGUCAGUCAACAACAGGACCCUAAAAGAAUUCAGGAGGAGAUCGCAAGAGGGGUCGGACUUACAUUACAAGGGAAUGAUUUGUUGAGUCGUGGAGAUCAGCUGCGUACUAGGUUAAUGGCUCACAACAGCCGUACUCUUGUAAUCUUGGAUGAUGUUUGGGAGGCUCUUUAUGAUCUAGAGAAACUCGGAAUUUUCACCGGUAGCAACCACAACUACCGGUGCAAAGUUAUAUUGACGACACGUCUCCGACCUGUUUGUGAUAUAAUGAAGGCUCAGAAGAUCAUGGAAAUUGGAACUUUACCUGAAGAGGAAGCAUGGAUCCUUUUCAAGGAGAAAGUCGGUAAUUCAGUCGACGAUCCUUCUCUGCUUGAUAUAGCAAAAGAUGUUUCCAAAGAAUGCAAGGGAUUGCCGCUUGCAAUUAUUACAGUUGCAGGAGCACUAAAGCGUAAAACCAAGCCUUCGUGGGAGGAUGCCCUUAAGCAAUUAUGUUCUGCAGAUACAAGAAAUAUCCCUGGAGUGCACACAAAGGUGUAUGGGCCUCUGAGGCUAAGCUAUGAUUACAUUGAAAGUGUUGAAGCCAGGUACCUAUUUUUGCUUUGUUCUUUAUUUGAGGAAGAUAGUGACAUUUGGAUUGAAGAAUUACUUAGAUACGGAAAGGGUCUUGGCAUUUUUUCGGAAAUGAAAAAUUUAGAAGAUGCAAGAAAUAGGGUGUUUUUUUUGAUAGAAAUAUUGAAAGAUAGUUUCUUGUUAUCCCAAGGUUCAGACAAAAAUUAUGUCAAAAUGCAUGAUGUGUUACGUGACGUGGCUAUAUAUAUUGCAUCUGAGGAAGAGCACAAAUUUAUGGUAAGGCAUGAUGUGAACUCAAAAGAGUUCCCCAAAAAAGAUACUUAUGAGCAAUAUUGUCACAUGUCCAUAGUUGCAAAUGAAUUUGAGGAGCUUCCUAGACCAAUAUUUUGCCCAAAACUGAAGCUUCUAAUGUUGAAAAUCUUUUCUGGAAAUCCAGUCAAAUUACAGGAUAAUUUUUUUAAUGACAUGGGUGAACUCAAAGUCUUAAGCCUGAUGGGUAGAUAUCAUGAGGGCUCCAUUUGUCGUUUUCCAGCAUCCAUUCAGAGGUUAUCGAGUUUGAGGACGCUGCAUCUGAUUAAUUUAGAUUUGGAAGACAUAUCUAUUAUUGGAAAACUUGUCAAUUUGGAAAUCCUAAGCAUAAGAGAUACUCGGUUAGAUGAGCUGCCAGAGGAGAUAGGAAAUUUGACCAAGUUAAUUGUAUUAGAGUUUUUGAAUGAGAAUAAAGUAGAUAAAAGGAUUUCAACAGGUGUCUUAUCAAGACUAGUUCGAUUGGAGGAACUACAUUUGACGGGAGUGAAAGAUUGUAGUUGCUCCAUCUUGAUGGAACUGGAAUUCUUAUCGGCAUUGACUGCACUGUCGUUAUAUGAAUGUUCCGAAGAUGUGACUUACAGUAAGUUGGUCCUUCCCUCCAAGUUGACACGGUACAAUAUUAAAGUGGGUUGUGCUUAUGAAGAUAAAAUGUAUGAUUACGAUAAGAGCAUUGCUUUAGAGGUCACGGAGACCACCCCAUUGGCUGGUUGGAUCUGCCACCUGUUGAAGAAGAGUGAAUUUGUAACUUCAAGUGGAGAGGGCUCUAAUAAUGUGUUGAAUGAGUUGCAGCCGAAUGAAUUUCAGAACGUGAAAUGUCUCCACCUCUCUGCUUGUAAUUUAGUGACACAUAUAUUCAACAUCUCUCGAAUGACACAUGAAGUAAUCAAGUUCCCCAAUUUAUAUGUGUUGAAACUGCAAGAUCUGGAAUGCCUCACUCACUUUUGCAGUGACAAUGUUGACGGCAUUGAGUUCCCUCAGUUACGGAAAUUGACCUUCAGGAAUUUACCUAAGUUCCAAAAUUGGUGGCCUACUGCCAACAACUUCAUCACUCACCCAAAUCCUCUUUUUCAUGAAAAGGUUUCUUUUCCCAACUUGGAAAAGCUAUAUAUCCAUGUGGCUAAUAACAUAAAUGUUUUAUGCUCUGACCAACUUCCAACUGCCUACUUCAGCAAACUUAAAAGAUUGCGUGUAUCGAAUUGUGGAAACUUGAGAAACUUGAUGUCUCCAUCAGUGGCUCGAGGUCUUCUAAACCUCCGAAGUUUAUGGAUAGAAGGAUGUUCAUCAAUGGAAGAAGUGAUCACAAAAGAGGAACAACUAGGAGAAGAAAUAAUGACCUUAUUUCCUCGAUUGGAAGAACUGCGUCUUGACAAUCUGGCUAAGCUAAGGCAUUUCUUUCUGACAAAGCGUGUUACUGAAUUUCCAUUUCUAAGAGAAGUGACAAUUCGUGAGUGCCCUUAUAUGAAGACGUUUGUCCAACAGGGAAUACCUGUAAGUCUCGAAAGUACUGUGAACAAUGAUGAUGAGGUGAAAACAAUGUUCAAUUCUAAGGUUUCUUUUCCCAACUUGGAAGAGCUAAUCACCUGGGAGCUUGAAAGCAUAACUGCUCUAUGCUCUGACCAACUUUCAAGUGCCUACUUCAGCAAACUUAAAGGAUUGGAUGUAUGGGAUUGUGGAAACUUGAGAAACUUGAUGUCUCCAUCUGUGGCUCGAGGUCUUCUAAACCUCCGAAGUUUACGGAUAAAAGGAUGUGCAUCAAUGCAAGAAGUGAUCACAAAAGAGGAACACCUAGGAAAAGAAAUAAUGACCUUAUUUCCCCUGUUGGAAGAAGUGCUUCUUGUCAAUCUGCCUAAGCUGAGGCAUUUCUUUCUGACAAAGAGUGUUACUGAAUUUCCAUUUCUCAGAGAAGUGACAAUUAGUAAGUGCCCUAAAAUGAAGACGUUUGUCCAAAAGGAAAUAUCUGUGUGUCUCGAAAGUACUAUGAACAAUGAUGAUGAGGUGAAAGCAAUGUUCAAUUCUAAGGUUUCUUUUCCCAACUUGGAAGAACUAAGAAUCUGGGAGCUUGAAAGCAUAACUGCUCUAUGCUCUGACCAACUUUCAAGUGCCUACUUCAGCAAACUUGGAAGAUUGCGUGUAUGGAAUUGUGGAAACUUGAGAAACUUGAUGCCUCCAUCAGUGGCUCGAGGUCUUCUAAACCUCCGAAGUUUAGGGAUAGAAGAAUGUGCAUCAAUGGAAGAAGUGAUCUCAAAAGAGGAACAACAAGGAGAAGAAAUAAUGACCUUAUUUCCCCUGUUGAACGAGUUGAAGCUUAAAGAACUGCCUAAGCUGGUGCAUUUCUUUCUAACUGAGCAUCCUCUUAAAUUUCCAUUUCUCAGAGAAGUGACAAUUCAUGAGUGCCCGGAAAUGAAUACGUUUGUCCAACAUGGAAUAUCUGUGAGUACACCGAGUCUCGAAUCAGUGAAUGAUGGUUAUGAAGUGAAAGUGGACGAUCUAAAUAAAUGGACACAACAGUGGUUCAAUUCUAAGGAACAAAAAGCUAGCCAAGGCACUACCAAUGGUGACGAAUCUGUAGCUGUAGAUGACUAACGAAAGAGUGAAACAUGAUUUUGGGGUGAAGGUUGUUAGCACGAUUGACAUCUAAAUAAUUGAAUAUAUUAAUGUAGUUAUAUAGAGCUAUAAAUUAGUAUUAUCGUAUAGAUUUGUGGUAGAAUCAGAUACAUAAAUAUUGUGAUAGAAUAGUUGAUUUGGAGGGAUAAUAAAGCAGAUUUAGAAGGAUUAAUGUCUGUCACUCCGUCUGUUUUUUAGGACGGAUUACAAAAAAAAGUAUCAGAUGAACAGAGAAAAGCUCUAAAACACUUUAAUCUUUUGACUUUUCACAUUAUAUAUACUAUCUAUAUAUGCAUUCCACCUU